AUGCACUGCAGCCAGAACAAGGGGAUCCGCCCCGAAAAGACCAACCAGACUCUGCCAGACCGAGGCCACACCAGACAGGAUCUGAGCGAUGGGUUCAGCAGUGGCUGGUACAUGCCCAGGAAGCUGAAGGAAAGCGGCCACCCUGGGCCCCUCAACACGAAAGACAGUGACUUUGGGGACCUGGGGGCCCAUGACGGCAUGCACCAUGGCCUGCAGUCGAAGGCUCAAAGUGCCAGACAGGCAGGCAAGGAGCGGAAGUCCAAGGGCCACGGCAAGAACGGCCAUGGCAGCACGGAAGCAGAUCUCUUCCCCACGGCUCCCCGGAAGCCCUCGUUCCCUUUCCAGUGGGCCUGGGAGGGCCGAGCUUCACUGCGGUCCAGCUCCUCCUCACCGCCCAGCUUCCAUGAGGAGCCCCAGAGAAAGCCCAGGCGUAAGGCCACGAUCAAGCACCCUGAGACCCAGGACAAGGGCUGGAGGUUCAAGAUACCCAACUCAGAGAGGAAAAAGGUCGCAGCAGCCUCGGGCUGCCACCCAGCGAGCAAAGCCGAGAGCAAAAUGCCGCCUGGCAAGACAGCAGAUCCUGGCUCAGAAUUGGGGGAGUCCCCGAAGCUGCAAGGCCCAGGCCCGGAUGCUGCCCAGGAGGCCAAGGGGGUUGAGGGGGCACCCAGUCCUGAAGAGCGGCUGCCCCAGCAACCCGGUAGGUGGCCCCUCGUGGAGGAAGAGGAAUCUGCAGAGGCAGAAGAGGUGGAGAGUGGCUGGGGGAGCAGUGCUGGCUCCAGCCACCUCAGGGGCCCAAAAAGGAGGAAGGCAAAAGCCCAGGAACCGGACAGGCCCUGGCACCAGGAGAAGCUGCAGAGGCAGCUCCCGCAAUACCAGAGCUGUGGCUCCGAAAAGCCACCUCAGAAGGCUCAGCAGACUUUUCUCAAAGCCUCUGAUCGGACGGGAAAGGGCCAGGUCUUGGGAGAUGGUGAGACUUCCCUGUAUGUCAACUUCCCUAAUCGAACUUUCCACAAACGACAGGAGGCUACCAGAAGCCUCCUGAAGACUCGGGAGCAGCAGCAGAAGCAGGAGAGGCUGCAGGAGCAGCAGCGGCGGACUCGGGAGCUGUAUGUCCAGCAGCAGGUGGCCCGCUGCCUAGCAGCCUAUACCCCCCGAGCGAGCCGGGCCUCCAGGUCCUCUCUGCAGAAGCUGGAGGAAUUGAGGCGCCAGGAGCGCCAGCGCUUAAUAGAGUACCAGGCGGAGCUGCAGGACAUUCAGCACAGGGUGCAGGCUCGGCCCUACCUGUUCCAGCAGGCCAUGCAGACCAAUGCCCGGCUCAGCGUCAAUCGGCGCUUCUCCAGGGUCUUGUCGGCACUGGGGCUGGAUGAGCAGCAGUUGCUGGCCGAGGCAGGCAAGGGACAUGUGGAAAGCGCCACCAGGAAACCCAGACGCCACAGAUCAAUGAAGACCCUCGGGCUGGAGGAGGCUGCCGGCACGUAG